AUGGCCGAGACACAGUCCAUGAUGCUUCAGCGGGGAGAGAAGCGGCCGUCUCAACAGCAGGCGACUCAUGAAGUCUGCAAGAGACGCGCUCCCUACGCUCCCCGAGCCUGCGACGCAUGCCGCCGGCGAAAAGGCCGGUGCGACGGCCGCCGACCGUGCGAGCAUUGCGCCGGACGGUCAUUGGAGUGCCGCUACUCGUCACCAGGGAAUGGCGACGACAGACGGUCCAAUGCGUCUGCGUCUGGGCCGACACUGGGCUCGGGCUCCGGCAACACGGGGACCGUAAACCAGCAGCAAGCGCAGCUCCAGUUCCUCGAACAGCUUCGCAACCAGUGCCUGGACACGGGACCCGGUCCGAUGUCGAGUGCUGACAACAACGCCCUGACGUCGCUCGGGAGUCUUGUCUUUUCGCUCCAGGACCAGCUCGCGACACUCACCUCAUUCAUCAAGAAUCAAAAUCCCACUUCCGACGUCGGCAGCAAGCAGGAUACACAGGCUACCCCGCCGAGCCACAGCCAAGGUUCCCGGACCGCCUUCGACGCGCUGCCGGCCCAGUCCGUCGAGCCACCCACGUGUGCGGAUGCCGCGGGCUCUGUGCCGACGGCCAACUCCGCCCUCAAACGCUCGAGCUGUCCCUUCUAUGGCCCGACAAGCCCGGAGUACAGCUUCAAUGCUGCCAGGAUCACAAUGUCGCGCGAUCAGCACCCAAGCUCGACAUCUCGCCAACGACAACCCCCGAGCCUGAGCGACGAAUUGAGCGACAACGAUGACGACGACGACCAAUGCAGCACCCUUGUCAACGACAACGAUAAACUCAGCCCUACCGAUAAAAUGACCGGAAUGUCUCCCUUUAGGCUGUCUCCUGGCUUGUUGCUAUUCUCCAACGUGCUAUCCAAAAAGGAGGCCGGGCGACUGCUCGGAGUCUACCAGGAGAUCAUCGGCAGCCUCCAUCCCAUCUGCGACAUCCAGCGAAUGGCGAAGCAGCUCGACCGCUGGUACGGAUGGUCACUGAUCAACGACGCUGGAAGAACGGCAGGACCGCUGACUCGCGACGAGCUCGUGCGUGAAGCGGAUGAGCUGCUUGUCCUGGGCCUGGCCCUGGCCAUCGCGUUGAGCGCCGAGUCGGUGUCCCGGUCAGGUCUGGCCCGGGAGCUCUACGACGGAUUCAGGGAGGCAGCUAUGGCAAAGACCUUCAGUCCUGUACCAACGGAAAGGGAUGUGUCGAUCACGUUGAUGCUGGGGUUCUACGAAUACUUCAACGGCCGACUGCAGCCGGCAUGGCGGAUGUGCGGUUUGGCGGGCCGCAUGGCGAUGGAGCUGGGCAUGCACAGUCGAGAAAUAUCACAGCAGAUGGAGAGCGAAGGCCGGUACUCGGAGCUCGCCACCUUGACUUGCAGUCUCCUGAUCCUGGACCGACAAUGGAGCGCUGCGGCCGGCCUGCCGUCGAAUUUCCAGGUGACGGAUUUCGAUUCAGCUCAGCCCGGUGCCACUCAGAAUCCCUACCUCAAAGCAAUGAUGCAGUUUACACUCAUGAGCCACAAGUUCAACGAACCCAUCUCGCGGGUUGCUCAAGGCGAGAGCUGCCAGGACGACGACGCCUUUGAGAUUACUGUCUGCCACAUCGAACAAUGGAGAAGGAAAACGCUCGACAACCAAGACUUCAGCCAUGCACUGGUCUGGCAGAAGGCACCCUCCACCCGACCCCCUUCCUGGACUACCAUGCUCUACCUUCGCGCCAACGCCGUGAGGGCUAUUAUUCUCAGGCCUUUCUUCCUGUCGUCACCGGCCUCCAUCGCUUGCAAGAAGAUAAAGCCGGCUCUAGAGCUCAUCACGGACUCGGUAACCACGCUCUCCAUCCUCGACAGCAUGACCGACACGUAUCGCAAGCAACACCCCCAGUUCCAGCACUUCCUUGCAUCGUCAUGUUCACUACUUGCCCUCGUGAUCGCGUUCGAGGACCAACAUCACACCGAGCUAAAUAACAACGCAGACUUCCCCUCGGACUUUGCUACGACAGUACGGCAGAUCUACGAGAAGUCGCUGGAGCUGUCGGCUACUUACCGCGAGCUAUCGUGUGCUUCUCGGAAGCUGUGGAAGCGCCUCAUCUCCAUGAAGAGCCGAGUGGACAACCUUUCUCGGUCCGGCAACUCGCAAGAGAGUGGCAGCACAAAUGGCGCCAGCAAUGCUGAAACGAAUGGUCAGGCCGCCUACAAGAACAACGCCGGCGGCUCUAUCAUGGGAAGCGGACUCGGCCUCGGUGACAACAUGCUCCCGAUUACUGGUAAUGCCAGUCGAUUUGUCUCAGAUAACGACAUCUCGACGUCGCAGCUUAUGGGUAUGAACGGCGAGACCCUCAAGGAAGCCGGGCAGAGCAGGCCGACAUCUACACAACCGAAUUCGGGCGUCGCGCUGCAAACCCACUUUGACGAUUCACGCUACAUGAACUGGACGGCGGUCUCCAAGACGACGGCUCCGGCGCGGGAUAAUAUGGGGCUUUGCAUGACGGACGUCGUGGACAUCACUGGAGACGAAUUCGCGGCGAGCAACCAGGAUCUUGCCGAAUGGUUUUCAUUUGACUGGCCAAUCUGCGACGGCACGACCUUCUUCUCAGAAGCUGGCCUGUAA